UUACCAGAUCUCAACCUUAUUGAGCUGUUAAGCAGCUUCAGUGUAGAGAAAUACCCAUCAGACUGUGGCUGGGAUGGAUGCUGAUAGAUGAUACCAACAAUGUUUUUGUCAGUUUCAGUUACUUCAUCACUUAUUCUGGCUAUAGGAGACUCAGGCUGACAUUAAAGUAUACUGAUAGGCCUAUUUCCAGUAAAAAAUGUACCAUAAUGUACAUCAUUUGGAUAUAAAAUAAUGGUUGCCAAACAUUCAAUUUUGUGAAUGAUAUGGUAAUUGAGUGCAUAUUAUUACAUUGCUGACAGUGUCCUUUCUAACUAAUUAAAUCACACAAUCCACAUAAUUUGCAUAAAUCAUUUGGCUUUUCUUUUGAAGGAUGAAAGCGGAAGUCGUGCUCUGUGUUGUCCAUGUAUUGCUGCGGGUCAGAUUCCUGAACAAGUAACGGAACCGGGGCAGUGGCUGCCGGUGCCAGAAAGUUGUUUUGUAGAAACUUGUAGAAUCCCGAAAGUUUUGGACCGUAACUGUAUUUCUUCUGAGGGCGUAGCGUUUGAAAACAUCAAGAGUAGUCCCUCAUUUGGAGAUUUGACUUCAUUUUACUGUGCGUCAUGAAUUCCAAACACAGGCCGCCGCCAAGUGACAGAAGAAAAGUUGCCCGUUAUCGUCGUUGAGACUCAGUGAAGUUGAAUGGGGACGGAGUGAGUCGAUACUUCGGAUGAGGAGAUGAAUUUCGGUGUCCCCGCUAAUUCGCUGCUCCUUUUCCGGGCCUGCGACGAAGGGGACUAUGAGACCGCCCGGGGCAUCCUGGAGCCCGGAGCCCCGAAAGAGUCCGGACGGCAGAGCAGGCUGCGGUCAGAGGCUGGGUCGGACUGCAACAACAUCGCGGACAUGUUGUCUCUGGUACCGGUGGACUGCACGGACGAGGAGGGGAACACCGCCCUGCAGUUCGCGUCUGCCAGCGGUCAUGAGAACCUGGUCCGGUUCCUGCUGCGAAAGGGAGCCUCUGUGGACAGCCGCAACAACUACGGCUGGACCCCGCUGAUGCAGGCUGCUAGGUUUGGUCACCUGACUGUUGCCCACAUCCUGCUGGAGAAUGGGGCGGAAAUUAAUGGACGGAACAGGCUGGGCGCGAGCGUACUGACUAUGGCAGCCCGCGGAGGACACACUCAUGUGGUCAAGCUACUCCUUGAGAGCGGCGCUUAUGCUGAUGACUAUGAUCACCUGGCUGUCGCUGCAGAGGCAGUCUCAAAUGGCAACAACAACAACAGCUGCAGCGCUGCUGGUUUUGGAGGAGGUGAAGGCUGUCCAGGAGGAGGUGGCAGAGAAUUCAUGGACAUCACUGCCCUGAUUGUGGCAUCUCAGCAUGGCCAUGAGGCUGUGGUGCGCUUGCUGCUCGAGUGGGGCUCUGAUGUCAACUUCUCCCAGAAGACCACUGGCUGGGGACCGCUGAUGGUGGCCACGCUCAGUGGGAAGGUGGCUGUGGCUCAGCAGCUGGUGGAGCGUGGAGCUGACCCAGACCGGGUCAAUGUUCUGUCCAAGACAGCCUUUGAACUAGCCAUGCAGCUGAAACAGCGAGACGUCAAGGCUUACCUGGACUCCAUCACCACCGUCAGACCCCAGACAGACGAUGAGAGAAGAAGGCCAGAUGUGUUCAGUGCCCUCAAGCUGGGGAAUUCCCAGCUAGUAAAAGAAAUAUUGGAGGAGGAUCCGACUCAGGUGAAUUCGUCCAAUCAGGAGGGAGCAUCACCUCUCAUGAUGGCGGCAGUCAGCGGUCAGUUAGAAGUGGUGCAGCUGAUGGUUGAGAAGAAUGCAGAUAUAGACAAACAAGAUGGCGUCCACGGGUGGACCGCUUUAAUGCAGGCCACCUAUCACGGAAAUAAAGACAUCGUGAAGUAUCUGUUAAGUCAAGGAGCUGAUGUCAACCUUCGAGCGAAGAAUGGCUACACAGCUUUUGAUUUGGUUAUGCUGCUGAAUGAUCCAGACACUGAGUUGGUGCGUCUGUUAGCAUCAGUGUGUAUGCAAGUAGACAAGGACAAGUCGAAACACCGCGGCAAAACCUUAAUGACUCGCUCCAAAAGCCGACAGUCACUCAACAAUGUCCCUGUGCCACCUGACGACAAGGGAGGCCUCAAGUCCUGGUGGAGUCGGAUGUCAAACCGGUUCCGACGGCUCAAGUUGACUCACACCCUGAGGCACGGCCUUUCAUCCAACCGCUUGGCUCCAUUUCCAGACGAUGCUGAAACUUCACUGGACGCCACGAUGAAGGCGAAUAGGAAGCCUGCUGCCGUGUCUAAUGGGACGCUGGCACAAGCCCCUGCCCUGGGAGGAAAUGACAUCAGCACUGCCUGGGCAGUCAAGAGCAAAGAUGCUGGUCUUUGCAGGGCAUCAUCAGAAAAGGAGGACUUUCUUAUCACUACUAUGCUCAGAAAUGAUGCUCCCUUGACCCGGCUGCCAAAUGACAAGCUGAAAGCAGUGAUCCCUCCCUUCCUGCCUCCGUCUAAUUUUGAACCGUGGAACUCAGAUCGUUCGCGCCUACUCAGGGACGGAAAGAGUGAGGCGCCCCGUCUCCCCAUGCCACCCCAGAGGAAGCUGAACAGCAGUGGAAAUUCGGAUAUUACAUCUAUCAGUCGUGUGGUUAGCAGAUCCAUUAAGUUUCCCAGCAUCCCAAAAGGGCCCUCCUCCUCAUCUCCUUCAAACUCUGGCCAUUACCACUCCCCACACUCCUCAGGAGGCUCAAAUGGAGUAGCAGGGAUCAACCGGGACUCUCACAACCGUUCAGGGGGCAGUGCAGACAGUGUUCUCUCUCAGAUAGCUGCCCAAAGGAAGCGAGCAGCAGGUCUGGUUGAUGUGAAGGUGCAAGCUCCAGAGAAACAGCACAGUCAGACACAAAGCCAACCCUCACUGCCACCCUCAGGACCUGGCCUACCACUGCCUGAUAUUAGCCUUCCUGACAUCCACUCCCACCCCAGCAUGGUCGCUUCUGACAUCCACUCGCGGAGGAAAAUGGAGCUUAAGAAGAGACCUCAGUCAGGGAAUUCCUCCACCUCUAAGAGCACGUCGCCCACUCUGACACCAUCUCCUUCCCCGACACCUAAGCCUCCUACUGGGCCGGGAGACUCCCUGUCCUCAGCCUCUUCCCAUCCUCGCUCCAAGAGCAGUGGUGGCUCCAGCAGUGGAACCAUAACUGAUGAAGAUGAGCUGUCUGGUAUAUUGAAGAAACUGUCCCUGGAGAAAUACCAGCCCAUAUUUGAGGAGCAGGAGGUGGACAUGGAGGCAUUCCUGACUCUAACAGAUGGAGACCUGAAGGAGCUGGGCAUUAAAACAGAUGGACCCAGACAACAGAUCUUGGCUGCAAUAUCAGAGCUCAAUGCUGGAAAGGGCCGAGAACGGCAGAUCCUUCAAGAGACCAUUCAUAACUUCCAGUCUUCCUUUGGCAGCAGUGCCAGCAACCCAAGACAGCCAGGUGAACCACGCUCACCAACAGGUUGGAUGAGACACCAGGUCCGCUCAUCCAACAAGAGGUAACCCAGCAGCCCUGAUGCCCACCAGGACGUAGACCCAAGGUACCUGAAAUAAGUGUAAACUGCUGGUGACCGUUAGCCAAGGCACUAAUAAUAUGGAGUCUUCUGAACGCCAGUGUCCCAGACCACUAGUGGUGUUACUGCGAGAGGACGCUGCAGCAAAACGACCAACCGGGCCCUGAUAAACUGCCUUUAUGAGACCCUCCAGGACCAAACUGCCUUAAAGAAUUCUUCUUAUGGAUCCUAAAGCAGGGGAGGUAUGACAGGGCUGGCUGGACGGGGUGCCCUGCAGCUAUAUGACAAAGCAUGUGAUGUGUGGCAAAUGUGAUGUUUUUGCCAAAGUGCUACGGUUGCCACAUCUACUGCUAACAUAGCGCAUGGGUUACACAGAGAGGCUGAGUGAGGAGUGGGGAGUUGUGAAAGACAAGAAGAUGAAAUGCACAGCAGAGGAAGUGUAGGGAAGCAGAGAGUGGCUGUGCUUGCAACUGUUUUUUAAUGCACUUAGCUUAAGGUAGUGAGAUAAUUAUUUUCCUUACACUGAAAAAUAACAAGUGACCUGUUAUCACAAUAAAACAUCCUCUUAUUACUCUUAAUGUCAGAGAUGGAGCGUGCCAUAUGUCAGUUUGCAUAGAUGGUGUCCAUGCCCAUUAUUGAUCAACACAUCAGAUCUUUCAGUCUUACUUUCUUACACAAUUCAAUUACUCACCUUUUAUUUUCUUGUGAUAAAUUAUCUUGUUAUCUCUAGGAAACAUUAUUUUCUUUUCUUGAGAUGUAGCAAAAAAUCAACCCAUUAUCAAGAGGAAAACCUUGAAGAGCAUUUGAAAAAUAACUGCAAACACGACCCUUCUCGAAAAGUGACUUUGACCUGAGAGAGGUUUUUAUUUUAUCUGAACAAAUGUGAGAAAGAUUGCAUAUCCCUUGUAAAAAUGCCACGUUUUGUAUGGAGAAAAGAUAAAAGAGAAUGAGUACAGUGGUAAAAUGACAUGAAACAGGUACUAGACAGUGAAACUGUGAUCGAGACUUAAAAAAGGUGCACUGAUGAGAAAAGCAAAUGGAGAGAGAAAGGAACAUUAGCCAAGCUGUGUUUUAGUCAUCCAGUCUCUUGGACUGCUUUUCCUAGUGUGUUUAUACCUUUGGUUUAUGGGCCACUAUGUGAAGUAAAUUCUUAAUCAAGACUGUGCUGUCAUGAAUAAAUAAACAUUAUGAUGAUGAUGAAA